UGUUAAUACUUUUAACUACUGCUGAUCUGUUUCCCGUAAUUGCACUCAGGGUAUUUUUCAAAGUCGGUACUUGAUUAGAUAUUGUGAAACUCCAGGACUCCUUUAUUAGGACUUCUAGCUUUACCAAGAGUAAAGAGGGAGAGAGGCAGAACAGGGGGGGAAAAGGAACAAUGAAGUGGUAUUUGUUAUGGGUUUUGAGUUUAUGGUGUGUGUCUUUGAUUGGUUUGAGCCGAUCUGAAUAUGGUUUUGAAGAACCGAUAGCUGAGGAGAGUUUCCUUUCGUACUUGGAUGAAGAAGCAGUGUCCUCUGGAGCCAACUCUCUCAUGGUUCCCCUCACUCUCAUUCCAGGAGCUGUUUCUAAAGGAGCUGUUUGUUUGGAUGGGACACCUCCUGGUUAUCAUAUGCAUCGCGGGUUCGGAUCAGGUGCAAACAACUGGGUUAUCCACUUGGAGGGUGGUGGAUGGUGUAAUAACAUUCGGACUUGUGUCUUCCGCAAAACUACUCGACGUGGUUCAUCGAAAUUUAUGGAGAAGCAAUUAAAUUUCACUGGAAUCUUGAGCAAUAAACCUGAAGAAAAUCCUGGUUUUUACAACUGGAAUAGAGUAAGGGUGCGUUACUGUGAUGGGGCUUCUUUUGCUGGAGAAGGCUAUGAUGAGGCCAAUCAACUUUAUUUUAGAGGACAAAGGAUCUGGUCAGCUACAAUGGAAGAAUUAAUGUCCAAGGGAAUGCGAAAUGCUAAUCAGGCACUUCUUUCUGGAUGUUCAGCUGGGGGUCUAGCUUCCAUUUUUCAUUGUGAUGAAUUUAAGGCUUUGUUUCCAGGAACUACCGAAGUGAAAUGUCUAAGUGAUGCAGGCCUUUUCCUUGAUGCAACAAAUGUGGCUGGUGGCCGUACCUUAAGGGAAAUGUAUGAAGGUGUGGUUACCUUACAGGGUGUGCAAAAGAAUCUACCGAGUAGUUGUACCAGUCAAAAGGAUCCAACUUCGUGCUUUUUCCCUCAUAACUUGGUUUCGAAUAUCAAAACCCCAAUGUUUCUUCUCAAUGCAGCCUAUGAUGCUUGGCAGGUCGAUCAGAGUUUAAUUCCAUCAAUUGCUGAUCCCCAUGGUUUGUGGCAUGACUGCAAAGUAGAUCGCCGUCAUUGCAACGCAUCACAGAUCAAGUAUUUUCAAGACUUUAGGAACCAAAUGCUUAAUGCUGUAGAAGUGUUCUCACAGUCCAAUCGAAACGGUUUGUUUAUAAAUUCUUGUUUCGCUCACUGCCAAUCAGAGAUGCAGCCUACAUGGUAUGAGAAUGAUUCUCCUCGUGUUGGAAACAAGGCAGUUGCAGUGUCGGUUGCAGAUUGGUUCUUUGACCGAAAACCCGUGAAAGCUAUUGACUGCCCGUAUCCCUGCGACAAGACUUGUCAUGAUCUUGUCCUCAAGUGAGUGACAACUUAAUUACUGUAGAGGCCUCUAUUGCUUCCAUAUUUAUUCUUUUCCAUGAUUUCAAAUUGGGGAAAUUGUAACAUUCAUAAGUUAUUGUUUAAUAAAGUGAAGCUUUGGGAUUUCCGGUGUCUGCGGAUUAAUAUGAU